GCGAAAUUCCACCCCAAACAAAUUCACCCCUAAAAACCCUAAAAAUUAAAAUUCGCUUAAAUGGCCGCCUCCGCCGCAAUCACAGCCGCUAUACGCCUAUCCAAUCCCCUUACCUCUUCUUCUGCCUCUUCCUCUUCCUCUUCCUCUUCCUUUUCCUCGUCGAUAUCGCCUUUCAAUUUCAAUAACUUUGCAUCUCCGGUAACGCCUGUGAAGUCUUUUUCCGUUAAUUGUACAUUGACUAGAGAACCAGUCCCCGCUGCUCCGGUUUCCAUGGAGUCUGACCCGACGGGCUGGCAACGACCCGAUACUUUCGGCCGGUACGGGAAAUUUGGCGGGAAAUAUGUUCCGGAGACCUUAAUGUAUGCUCUCUCUGAGCUGGAAACGGCAUUUCAUUCCCUCUCUAAUGAUGAGAAAUUUCAGGCUGAACUAGCUGGGAUUUUGAAAGAUUAUGUUGGUAGGGAAAGUCCACUUUAUUUUGCGGAAAGGCUGUCGGAGCAUUACAAGCGUCCUAAUGGUGAAGGGCCAGAUAUAUACCUCAAGAGGGAGGAUCUGAACCACACUGGUGCUCACAAGAUCAAUAAUGCUGUUGCUCAGACAUUGCUCGCAAAACGUUUGGGCAAGAAUCGGAUUAUUGCUGAAACUGGGGCUGGUCAGCAUGGAGUUGCUACAGCUACUGUGUGCGCACGAUUUGGUUUGCAGUGUAUUGUUUACAUGGGUGCUCAAGAUAUGGAAAGACAGGCACUUAAUGUUUUCAGAAUGCGGCUUCUUGGUGCUGAGGUUAGAGCAGUUCAUUCAGGUACUGCAACACUGAAGGAUGCAACAUCAGAAGCUAUCCGGGAUUGGGUGACUAACGUGGAGACAACUCAUUAUAUUUUGGGAUCUGUUGCUGGUCCCCAUCCAUAUCCUAUGAUGGUCAGAGAGUUCCAUGCAGUGAUUGGUAAAGAGACAAGAAAACAAGCACUGGAAAAGUGGGGAGGGAAACCAGAUGUAUUGGUUGCAUGUGUUGGUGGAGGUUCAAAUGCUAUGGGACUUUUCCAUGAGUUUAUUAAUGAAAAGGAUGUUAGGUUGAUUGGUGUAGAGGCUGCUGGUUUUGGUUUGGAUAGUGGCAAGCAUGCUGCUACUUUGACCAGGGGAGAAGUGGGAGUGUUGCAUGGAGCUAUGAGCUACUUAUUACAGGAUGAAGAUGGACAAAUAGUUGAACCUCAUUCCAUUAGCGCAGGCUUGGAUUAUCCUGGGGUUGGACCUGAGCACAGUUUUCUGAAAGAUAAAGGGCGUGCUGAGUACUAUAGUGUCACAGACGAAGAAGCAUUGGAGGCUUUCAAGAGAUUAUCUCAACUCGAGGGCAUAAUCCCGGCUUUGGAGACAUCUCAUGCACUGGCAUAUUUGGAGAAGCUGUGUCCAACUCUACCAAAUGGUACCAAAGUUGUGGUUAACUGCAGUGGCAGAGGUGAUAAGGAUGUUCAUACAGCAAUCAAGCAUUUGCAGGUGUAAUUCUGAUGGUUUUGUGCUGCCAUUAAUAUUUGUUCAUCCCAUGAAAAUAAGUGGUUGUCCCAUCUUUUAAAUAAAUGCUUUCAUAGUGUUUCUCAGUGUCCCUCAUAUGUA